AAAAAUAAUAAAAUUACCUAGGAAUGGUGUAUAAAUAUAAUAUAGCUAAAAUGAUUUAAAUUACAUGUUUCAGUUUUACUGUUACAAUUGUAAUGAGAAUUUUCCUAAAUAUUUUUAAUUUAAUUUACAAGCCAAGUUUAUUUAAUUCAAGAAAAUGAACUUUAUUUAUUUUGUAUUCAUCUAUUUGUACGUAGUAUUAAUUUUGAUUCAUCUAAUAGACUCGUUAACGAUUUUGUCAUCUUUGAAACGUGAAGUACGCUUUACCGUAUUAGAGGUUGUCAGCUCAAACGAAACGAUUGCAACCAUCGAGGAAGCCACAUUUAAACAGUUCCAUGAUAAACAAUCGAUAUUUAUCCAUGCUAUCAUUCACAAAAGUCUUUCUCAAAUGGAGGCAACUUUUACUGUGUCUAAAUGUAAAAUGCAUUAUAUUGAUUGUAUCAGUGUUGUGUCGUAUGAUAUUCAUGACGCUUGUCCAAAAAUACAAUUUCUUACACAAUUUAGUGACGCUAGGACAUCAAACACCAAUUCGAUAAAAUGUCCUAUAUUUGGUGAUUACAAAUUCCACAACAUGACACUUGAUGCUGAAAAAUUUGGGUCAGUGUUUAGUUUUCCAACAGAAAAAUGGUGGGAAAAUUAUUGGAAAUUCAAAGUUUUAAUUUAUGCUGAAGGUAGAACAGAAUUUGCUCGUGCAAAUUUAAACUUUUACUUUAUAGAGUUUCGAAGCCGAAAUAAUAAACAAAAAAUCUUAUAAUAUCUAUUAUUAAUUAAUUAUUUUCUGGAUUAGGUAGUCAAUAAUAAUUAAUAAAUAAAAACUUUAAUUCAAUCAAAAAUUGUUUAUAUGGUAAUAUAAUAGAAAUUAUGUUAUUUCUUUAUGUUAUAUUUAGGCAUUAUAGUUCAAACACGUGUAUCACCAUGAAUGUAUUAUCAUUAUCCUUUUUA